AUGCAUAAGCUUUUGUUUUUUUUCUCCGUCGCUUCACUAUCAGUUCUCCUCUUCUUCCACGGCAGCGAGGCACGGCAGCAAGAGGUGCCGUUGCCCAACGCAUGUCAUUUCAACCAGAUCAACAGUCUCUCCCCGGCUCAUGCCACAAAGUUCGAAGCGGGGCAGAUGGAAGUAUGGGAUCACACAAGCAGCGAGCUCCAGUGUGCUGGUGUGACCGUAACUCGCAUCACUCUUCAAGCCAAUUCCAUUUUCUUGCCAUCUUUCUUUACCCCACCUGCCCUCGCCUACGUUGUCCAAGGAGAAGGAGUGAUGGGGACAGUUGCUUCUGGUUGUCCUGAGACUUAUGAAGAAGUUGGAGGAGGAGGAGACAUGCAUCAACGUUUUGAGGACAUGCACCAGAAGUUGGAGAAUUUCCGACGAGGAGAUGUGUUUGCUUCGCUUGCCGGAGUUUCACAGUGGUGGUACAACCGAGGCAAUUCAGAUGUUGUCAUCGUGAUGGUUCUUGACGUUACCAACAGAGAAAACCAGCUUGACCAACUCCCUAGGAUGUUCCAAAUAGCAGGGAGCAAGACGCAACAACAACAACCAUUGACUUGGCCAUCAGGCAAAAACGCUUUCAGCGGUUUCGACCCUAACAUAAUCGCAGAAGCAUUCAAGAUCGACAUCGAGACAGCUCAGAAACUACAGAACCAGAAAGACAACAGAGGAAACAUAGUCCGAGCAAACGGUCCAUUACAUUUCAUCAGACCCUCGCCACGGCAAUGGCAGCAAGAUGAUAACGGCAUUGAAGAGACGUAUUGCACGGCGAGGCUUCACGAGAACAUAGACGAUCCUGAACGUAGCGACUUUUUCAGCACAAGAGCUGGCAGAAUCAGCACUCUUAACAGCUUUAAUCUCCCUGUUCUACGUUUAGUCAGACUUAACGCCGUUAGAGGCGUUCUCUACAGCGGAGGAAUGAUGUUACCGCACUGGACCGCAAACGCACACACGGUGCUAUACGUCACAGGCGGACAAGCCAAGGUACAAGUAGUGGACGACAACGGUCAGUCUGUGUUCAAUGCGCAAGUGCAACAAGGAGGGCUUCUUGUGGUUCCACAAGGCUUUGCGGUUGUCAAAACAGCUGGUGAAACAGGGUUUGAGUGGAUAGCGUUCAAGACGAACGACAACGCUUACAUGAACACUCUCAGCGGUGGAACAUCGUACUUGAGAGCAGUUCCUGUCGAUGUGAUCGAAGCGGCGUAUGGAGUGACCGAGGAAGAAGCUAAGCGGGUCAAGUUUAGAGAAAUGUCGAUUGCUCAGAAAGGAAAAGGUAAUCAAUGUCGUGAAAAUAUACCAAACAAAGCUGGAACAUGUGAAACGAAAAGCUGUGACGCCGAAUGUGUGAAAAGGCAUAAAAAAGGGGCUGGUAUCUGCGGACAGGAUUCAGACAAAAAACCACUAUGCGUAUGUUAUUAUUAUGGAUGCCCCCGCCCCCCGCCCUGA